GCGAGCGUCAGUCAUUCGGAGCCGCGGGCCGACCGCGCUCUAACUACCGCGGCGUUCCCGCUCCCUCUCCCUCUCCCUCUCCCUCCUGGAGCGCCCGCCGACCCCAACCCCGACCCGCCGGCUGCAGCGCCCUCGCCCUGCCGCCAUGUCGCAGAGCGAGACCCCCGGGCUGCAGGAGGAGAGCCUGCACGGCUCCUGGGUAGAAUUACACUUUGGCAGUAAUGGGAGCGGGAGCAGUGCUCCAGACUCUGUUUCUAUUUAUAAUGGCGACAUGGAGAAAAUCCUGCUGGAUGCCCAGCGUGAAUCUGGACGGAGCAGCUCCAGGAGCUCUCACUGUGACAGCCCACCUCGCUCACAGACCCCACAAGAUACUAACAGAGCUUCUGAGAUAGACACACAUAGUCUUGGAGAAAAGAACAGCUCCCAGUCUGAGGAAGACUAUAUGGAGAGGAGGAAAGAAGUCGAAAGCAUCUUGAAGAAAAACUCAGACUGGAUUUGGGAUUGGUCCAGCCGGCCGGAAAACGUGCCCCCGACCAAGGAGUUCCUCCUCUUCAAGCGCCCGAAGCGCGCGCCCACGCUCAGCAUGCGGAACACGAGCGUCAUGAAGAAAGGGGGCAUCUUCUCCGCGGAGUUUCUCAAAGUUUUUCUGCCGUCUCUUCUGCUGUCCCAUCUGCUGGCCAUCGGGUUGGGGAUCUACAUUGGAAGGCGCCUGACGACAUCCACCAGCACGUUUUGAUGAAGAAUUGGUGUCCAGCUUUCUCACGUAGUGGGGAUGUGUGUUGUCCGCAGCUCAGCGUACAGAGGAGGGUGUCUUGGUCCUUGGGUGGCUGCACCACUUGUGUCAUUUCUUCUGUAAAUGCCACGUUCCUAACUCAGUAAAAUAAAGACUAAGACCAUGCUCUCCCAUAAUCAUACUUAUGGGAUAAAGUAAUAA